CUUAAAUACAAUAGCAGAAUAAGGCGUUUAAAGAUGAAGCUUGUGGUUUUCAUAUCGUUCUUGCUCAUGCUUUCAUUGUGCUCUUCAGGAUUUGGGGAGGGUCACGAAAUUGCUGAUAACGACCUCUAUUCCUCGAACAAGGUUGAAGAGCUGUAUAGUGAUCGAAUGAUGGAUUAUCCUCCAACAGGCCCAAACCCAGGACACGACCCGACAGUUCCUCCGCCUCCACCUUCCGACGAAGAAAACAUGAUGGAAAAUUAUGUUAACUGAAUAUUGAAAUCCAUUCCAUCUUUGUAAAACAUAUAAUUAAAUAAAUUGCAUUCGUGAGUUCUUAUUUUA